AUGACUUUGAUAAUACUAGCACUGCUUUCUCAAUAUGAUGGCUUGCAGAAACGCACUGCAUUCAGACCACCACACAAAUUAACAAGACUAUCUAAAACUUUUUCAUACGAUUUUGAACCCAUAUUCAAUAAGGGAUCUUUUGAACCUUUCGAACGUCGACGAAGACCUGUCACUCUAGUGGCUUUUAGAAAAAAUGGUUUCGUUCCACGAAGGCUCGCAAAGAUUGUUGAGAACACACCAUUGGAAGUAGCAGAACUUCAGUCUCCGUUUAACGAAGUGAGCGAUAUCUGGCAGCAAGAACCCGAUGAAUAA